UUAUUCUGUCUCGUCUCCUCUCUCACUCCAUUUACUGUGUUACAAAUUGACUUUAAGUCUCAAGAUCUCGAAGCAGCUCGUUAAUGGCGGACAGAAUCACAGUUCCGAUGAGUCUGAACUCCUAAUUUCAUCCAAACUCUCCUAAUUUGCACUCGCAAAUCUCAUGUUUCAACUUCACUUCACCAGUUGUUGUUCUGCAUGGGUGAAGUUAGGGCUCACAUCCUCUUAUCUGAAAUCUGAAUAAGCUGAUCAUUAGCUCUGGGAUAUCAAAGGAGUUGAUCAUGUCGAGGGACACGUCUUCCUUCGGAAUCGUCAGACGGAACAGUUUAAGAAACAUGCGGUCGGAAGGGAACGAGAAUGAAUUCGACAAUCCCACAGAUUCAAUCCCUUUCCCCCCACCUAGAACCCCUCUUAAUGCUAUUCCCGACCCUUCACAAUACGCCAGGGGAAUUGAAGAAUACGAUCCGGACUCUGUCACUAAAUUCGAAAGUAGUAAGGUUGGUGGGUUAUCGGAUGGAAGGAUUGGAGCUUUUGAUUAUUCGCUUGCGUUGAGAAAGGGGAUACCAAAUACGGGUCUCAACAGUGGAAUCCACAGAAGUUCUGCUCGUGGGAAAGCUCACUCCGAACCAAACUCAGCUCAGAGCACUCCAGCAAAGAGUAUUUUUAAGGUUUCUAACAGUGCAGCGUUGGGUAUUUGUACUGGCACUCGAACACUUCAAUACAUUGGAGCAAGAGGAGGGACCUCUUCUAGAGUUCCUAGAGGGAUCUCAAUUGGACCUUUUGCAUCAUAUACGGAAGUUCCGUACUUUGAGCUUGUUGAAGAUCCAUCUUUCUGGAUGGAUCAUAAUGUGCAGGUUCUGAUACGAAUUCGACCAUUCAGUACUACAGAGAGAGCUUUGCAAGGCUACGGAAGAUGCCUAAGGCAGGACAGUGUACAGAGUUUAACGUGGCUCGGGCAUCCUGAAACCAGAUUUACUUUUGAUCACAUUGCAUGUGAAACUAUAUCCCAGGAGGAGCUCUUCAAGGUUGUGGGCUUGCCCAUGGUGGAGAAUUGUAUGUCUGGUUAUAACAGCUGUAUGUUCGCCUAUGGUCAGACUGGUAGUGGGAAGACGUAUACUAUGAUGGGUGAAAUAUUCGAGAUGGAUGGAAAGCUCAAUGAAUAUUGUGGGCUUACCCCCCGUAUUUUCGAAUAUUUAUUUAUGACGAUUAGAGCCGAGGAGGAGAACCGAAGGGAUGAGAAGUUAAAGUACAGUUGCAAGUGUUCCUUCCUUGAGAUUUACAAUGAGCAGAUAACGGACCUGCUUGAACCUUCAUCAACUAAUCUACAACUAAGGGAAGACAUGAAGAAAGGUGUAUAUGUUGAAAACCUUACGGAACAUGAAGUUACCACUGUCAGAGAUGUUGUGGAACUUUUGUUACAGGGUGCUGCAAACAGAAAAAUGGCGGCAACCCACAUGAACAGUGAGAGCAGCCGGUCUCACAGUGUCUUCACUUGUAUCAUCGAGAGCCGAUGGGAUAAAGAUUCCAUGAACCACCUUAGAUUUGCAAGAUUAAAUUUGGUUGAUCUAGCUGGUUCUGAGAGGCAGAAAAGUUCUGGUGCAGAAGGAGAGCGUUUGAAGGAGGCUGCAAAUAUCAACAAAUCCCUCUCAACUCUGGGUCUUGUGAUCAUGACUCUGGUGGAUGUUGCUCAAGGGAAACACCGUCAUAUCCCGUAUAGAGAUUCAAGGCUCACAUUUCUCCUUCAGGAUUCUCUUGGUGGAAACUCGAAGACAACAAUCAUUGCUAAUGUCAGCCCAUCAAUUUGCUCUGCAAAUGAAACAUUAAGUACUCUGAAGUUUGCUCAGCGUGCCAAACUUAUUCAAAACAAUGCUAAAGUGAAUGAAGAUGCUUCAGGUGACGUAGUGGCAUUGCAGCGGGAAGUACAACAAUUAAAGGGCCAGCUGACCAUUCUCCUCAAGCAUCAUAACCUAUCAAGGUCUCCAUUACUUAGCUGCCCAAGGUCUGAACAAUCCAAAUCAGGUGAUUGUCAUGAAGAAUGUGACUCUUCUCUUGAAGGAAGACCCCUGGAUGGUGAGAAUAAUACAGGAGUCCCAGAGAGCAAGAUAAAAUGUCUAGAAGCUGCUUUAGUUGGUGCCCUGAGGAGAGAGAAAACGGCAGAGGCUGCAGUCAGGAAGUUAGAAGCUGAAGUUGAACACAUGAACCAUUUGGUGCAUCAAAGGGAAGAGGAUGCUCAAUGUACCAAAAUGAUGCUAAGACUUACUGGGGAGAAAAUUAAGAGGCUUGAGUUACUUGCAGACGGCCUAGUGUCUGGAGAUCAGUAUCUCAUGGAAGAAAAUAGUGUUUUAUCCAAAGAGAUUCAGCUGCUUCAAGCCAGAAUUGAUAGAAAUCCAGAAUUGACUCGAUUUUCUUUGGAGAACAUGAGACUCCUUGAUCAUCUGAGAGUGCUUCAAGAUUUCUAUAAACAAGGGGAGCGUGAAACUUUGUUGGCUGAGGUUUCGGAAAUGCGUGAUCAGCUUCUGGAAGCCCUUGAAAGAAACCAUGAGCCACUUGAACUCUGCCAAAGAAGGGUAGUUCAGGAUACUGACACCUUAAAGGAGUUGGAAGAUUGCAGGAAGAAUCUUAGUGCCUCAAUUAAAUGCAACAUGGAACUGACUAGGAAACUUGACGAAUUGCAGAAGGAAUUGAAAGAGUAUUUGGAAUGUAACAAUGCUGCAUCUCAUUCAGUUGCAGAUUCCUUAUGUGGAGAAGAUUCAAUUAAACACACAAAUAAAUACUCCACGGUUGAUAUCAUAUCAGUUACAUCUGAUUCAGAACAUGAAAUUGCAUCCAAUUAUCAGGUCGCCGAUGAGUCCAUAGGAUUACAAAAAAACCGGAAGUUUGGAGAUGUCUUAGAAUGGGCAUUUACUGUCACUGAGAAAGAACUGAGGGAUGAAGGAUCCCUGAUUGAAACCAUGGAAUCUGAGCAGGUUCAGUUAGUUGAAGAGCUGGAUAUUCUUCAACAGGGGCAUUCCCAAUACAUGGAAUUCUUAAUGAACAAAGAUAGCAAAGACAUAAAGUUCCCUCUUAAUGUUGGUACUCAGUGUGGACUGUUGGAAGGAUGCCCAAAAACUGAACUAGGGCAUCAAGAUACAGGUCUUAUGACUGAGGGCAUAGGUGGCUUUACAAGAUUGGUUCAACAAGAUACAUUUGACAAGAUGCAGAGGGAACUUGAGGAGGCCAGGAUACUGAAUAGGCGAUACCAAGAUAAUCAAGCAUCACAAUUAUCCAACCAACAUGAAGCUGAACAAAUUCGAAAGCAGGUUGAGAUGGAGACAGCUGAGACAAUUCUUCACUUACAAGAAGAGCUUGUUACACUUGAGGAGAAAUUAUGUUCGCUGACCCAAGAAAAUACAAGACUGAGAAACAGUGUAGCUUCUGGGGAGGAUGCAAUAAAGGCAUUGUCUGAGGAAUGGGAGAAGGCAACUUUGGACCUUACAAACUUCCUACUGGAAGGUUGCAAGUCCCUUGAAGAUGCCUCCAACCAUAUAGAAAGUAUUUCAAUGUCCUUUCCUCAAAGGAUAAUUAGUGAACAAGCACAGAGAGCUGCCAAAGUCUUUGUUGAGAAGGAGAAAACAAUAUUAUGUCUAGAAAACAGUCUUGAGGAGGCACAAAAAAUAGGACAGGAGAUGAAGUUGAAAUUGAGUUCCUUGAAGGGGGCAACACUAGCCAUAACUGAAGUUCAGCAGUUAGAAAACGAUCAAAGUACCAAGGAAGCAAAUCAGUUAAGAAAAUUGCUGAAUGAGAAGAAUUCUGUGGUGCAAGAACUAGAGAAGAAACUUAAAAAUAAUGAGAAACAUAUUACUGAAGCAGUAAAACGUGCUGAUGCUGCAUUCAUCAUAGUGAAAAGGCUUUUGGAUUUCCAGAGUGGUACUCAUAAGAAUGGCAGUGAACAAGAAAUUCAUGGGUUAAUUUGGGCUAGUCCCACUCAGGGUGGUAAGGAUAUGGUUCCAGAGAUGAAGGAUAAAGCAAGUGUUCAAACAUUAGAAGCUAUUGAGGUUCAGUUUGAGAUGACAAGACAAAGAGUAUUGGAGGCUGAGAGUGCCAUUCAUGCAGCUUAUAUAGAUACUCAGAUGCAUUUGUCUUCCCUUCCGUCCGAAAUUCUUGAGACUACUUCUAUAUUCAUGCAGCUUAUUCAAGACUUGGCUGAAGAGAUCCGUGUCAUGAAGAAGAACUUUGUAGAGUUGAAAGAGCAAAAUAAAGUUGCUGGAAGUUACAUGAUGGGACCAUCAUCAUUGGUGACCUGUGGGUCUCAAAUGCUUGAAAACGAGUAUCACAUUGUUAAGGAAAUAAAUGAUAAGCUUGGUCAAACAAACAAGGCACUGAAUUCCCUCAAUACUGGCAUUGGAAAGCUCUUGAAUGUGUAUGGCUUGCUGGGAAAAGUCAGAGAUCUUCCAGCAACAGAUGCAUCAAGUAUUGAUUCUUUUCAACUCAGCUCUGAUCCUUCUACAUCAAGAAUUGCUCUUAUGGGUGAAUUUGAUGAAACAUCAUCAUCUAAUUCCUGUUGUGUACUCCCAGUAGAAUUCAAUGGGUUUGACUGGGACUCAAUAUCUGAAAGAGAUGUAUCAUUCAUGCUAGAUAAAGGAAAAUUGGGAGAUUCUCAGAAGCCUAUUGAAAAUUUAUUUUGCAAUGAUGCAACGAUACAAUCCCUGAGGAAGGAUUUGCAAUUGGUAUUCAAUAGUUUCCUGGAAAUACAAGUUCACUUGGAAACUUUCUUUAAUGACAAGGAAAUUGCAUGUUGUCCUUAUGUACAAGGAAGGUGUUUCCAUGAAUCAGUUGCCUUAGGGAAUAAUGACCAUUUCCACGCAGAUAAGAAAGUACAUGAUAAGCUUGAUGUGAUGGAGAUGGGUCAACAGAUUCAAUCCUUUGAGCAGGAUGUAGUAAACUGCAACAAGGACAAAGAGGUCUUGCAUUUCAAGCUCAGCAAUCCCAGGUUAGUUAUUGAAGAGGGAGACAGGGUUAACAGCUUCCUCAACAAAUGUGAGGAGGCUCAAGCUACUAUGAAAGAGGCUGAUGCUAUGUUAAAUGCGUUGUUGAAAGCAAAUGAAACUGCAAAACACACGACUGAUGAGUGGAAGCAAGCAGGCGAAACGUUGAUGGUAGAAAGAGCUUGCUUGGUUGAAGAAGUUCAACAACUUAAGGCUUCCUUGUAUCUCAAAGAAGAAGAAUAUGAAUUUAUGCGGGACCAAAUCAGUUCCAGUUUGGUAGAAGUAACAAGUUCAUUUUCUUUGCUGGAAGGAUCAUUUUUUCAAAUGCAGAGAAAUGUGGAAGACUGGUUCAAAGUUUUAUUCUCUGAUAUUUUUUCCUUGCGACGUGACAUAUGGGACCAUCUUCACAACUCAAGAUCAUCAUUGGAAGAUAUUUGGUCCAGCAUGAUGCAGUAUGAUUUUGCUUUGUUUGUGCUAUAUCAGUGCCAUGUUGGAAAACAUUUUGGGAAAAUCCCAAUAUUAAAAGCAGAUCUUGGCCUUUUCCAAAAUAGACAAAGAGAAUGUUGCUCGUCAUUAAACAAUUUGGGUACCAUAUGCAUGAAUACAGGGGAGGAUGGCUCUGUGGUUAAAGGAAUUUUGGAACAAAGCCAAAAUAAGAACCCACAGGAGGAACUUUCUACGCUAGUAAACACACAGGACGACAAUUAUUCCUGUGGAACAUUUGCAAAAUUGAAGGAAGAUGAACUGAGUCAAAGCUUUGAUAGUCUUCUAUUUGAAAAUUUGUCACUUAAAAGGGAAUUGUCCCGGAAAGAUGUUAUUUUGAAAGGGUUGCUUUUUGAUCUUAGUUUAUUGCAAGAAUCAGCUGCCAGUGCCAAUGACAAGAAAACAGAAAUGGAGCAGAAUGUUGCAGCUCUGACCUCUGUUCAACAUGAGUUAGCAGUAAAAACAACUCAGCUUGAUGACAUCUUAAUUCAACAACAAAAACUCCGAGCUGAGUUGGAUGAUCGUGUAGCUGCACUUUCUAUCUCAAAUUCUCAACUUGAACAAGCUCAAGCUACAGUAAUCACAUUGUCAAAUCAAAACACAGAGCUGAGACACCUCUUAGAAGAUCUUUAUGUAAGAAAAAACAGUGCUGAACAGCAAUUGGAAGAAACAAAUGAGGUUGUGAUAUGUUUGGAGAAAGAAAUAAUUCGUCUGGCUUCUUCUGUGGAGGAAAAGAUUCUAACUUCAAUUGUGGACAUUGAGAAUGACCUGAGAAGGGUCAGUGCUGAGAGGGACUGCUUGUAUGAAGAGGUCAUAUCCCUGAAUAGAAAGCUUGAAAUGGCAAAUACUUUAGCUGAAGAGAAUGAGGCCAUUGCUAUUGAAGCUCGCCAGGAGUCAGAAGCAAGCAAAAUCUAUGCAGAACAGAAGGAGGAGGAGGUUAAGAUUCUUGAACGUUCUGUUGGGGAGCUUGAGUGUACAGUGGAUGUGCUGGAGAAAAAGGUUUAUGAAAUGAGCAAGGAGGUAGAGAGGCACCACAGAAUGAGAGAUGAUUUGGAACUAGAACUCCAAGCUUUAAGACACAGAAUGUUGACUGUUGAGACCGCAGCAGAAAAUAUGGAUUCUGGAAAUUCAAAUGUUGAAGACCAAGAAGAAGAUCAAACAUCAAAGCACAUUGAUAAUGGAAUACUAGAGAGAAUAAGGUUUCUUGAAAUGGAGAAAGCAGACCAGGCUGAAGAGAUAAAACAGUGCAAGGAGUAUAUCUCGGAACUGGUAUUGCAUGCUGAAGCCCAGGCAACACAAUACCAGCAAAAGUACAAGGCAUUGGAGAACAUGGUUCGGGAGGUAAUAUCAGAUCCAUCAACUUCCACUUCUGCAGCAUUAACAUUAGAUAAAAGUGAGAAAACAGCAACAAGGACUAGAGGUUCUAGCUCACCAUUCAGAUGCAUUGCAAGUUUAGUUCAGCAGAUGAACUCAGAGAAAGAUCAGGAGUUGUCUAUGGCCAAGCUCAGAAUUGAAGACCUGGAGGCACUAACUGCUAAAAGGCACAAAGAGGUAUGUAUGUUGAAUGCCAGACUUUCAGCAGCAGAAAACAUGACGCAUGAUGUGAUUAGGGAUUUACUUGGAGUCAAAUUGGACAUAACCAACUACGCAAAUCUGAUAGACCAGGACCAAAUUCAAAAAUUACUGGAGGAAGCUCACCGUCAAACAGAAGAGUCCCUUGCAAUGGAGCAGGAGAUUCUCAAGCUACGGAAAAAGAUUAAUGACUUGACAACGGAAAGAGAGAGUUGCAUUGAGGAAAUAAAUAAAAGAGAAGCAGAUACACUAGCUGCACAGCUGACAGUUGAGCAACUUCAACAGCGAAAUCAAUUACUCGCAGCACAGAAUGAAAUGUUGCAGAUGGAGAAUACAAGUCUAAAGAGGAAGAGUGCAGACCUGGAUGAAAUGUUGAAGAAAGUUCUUGGUUCACUGAAUGUCCAUCAGCAUAUUCAACAGCCUCCAAAGAUGAUGGAGCAAAACCCAGUAAGGGCCGGCAAUAGAGAGCUUAACAAGAGGCUAGCACAUUCACAGCAGCUUCUUUCUCGUGUGAAUGAUGAACUUGCUUGGUAUUGCAAGUCGGAGAGCAGCAAUCCAAAGAGCAAGGGCAAAGAAGAACAAAGGCACAGAAACAGAAGACAGGAAUCAGAGACUAAAUUUGAGUAGCUUGAACUUCAUUAUGCACUUCUUUAACCUCAUGACUACAACGCAGGACAAAAAUGGAUCAAAAUAGGGGUCAUUUGCUUUCUCAGCUGCAGUAUGGUGUGAAGUGAAACUCAUGAACUAUGAUCUGAGGUCCAAGGAUAGAAGAGAAACUCUGACGUGUUGUGUGUUGGUGCAGAUCAUCAGAUUCAUGACAAAAAUUUCCUAUGAAUGUUGUGGAUAUGGAAAUGGUCCAGAUCAAGAUCUGUUUCUGACAAUAUUUCCCAUUUCAACACCUCAAGUUGAAAUCAAUAUAAAAUUUAUUGGUGGUGGUUGCUGAUAUGUUAAUGAAGGGGACGUCAAUAUAUAAUGUUAUGCAAGAUUUUCCCUUUCCUGGAAAAUCCCCACCAAAAUUA